GAGGGGAGGACUGUCAUCUGGGAGGUUUCUCCAACACUUGGGAUCUCAGAAACCUGUUUGAAAAGCUAUGCUCCUGCUUGCCAACCAGAUGACCUCAGUUAAGCUGCUUUCCUUCUCUGUGCCUUGAUCUCCUCAGCUGUAAAAUGGGGAUAAAAACUGACCUCCCAGGACUGUUAGUUGUAACUGGAAAAAUGCCAGUAAAAUAUUUGGCAUAGCCACUGACAUAGCUAGUCCACAAGAAGUGGUAGCUCUUGUGUAGACCUAGCACAAGUAGGGUAGAACUACAGGAAGGCAGAUUUCAAACCCCAUCUUAACAAGGUCCACAGUGAUUAAGAGUUUAGGCUUUGGAGACUAUGUCUGGUCUAGGCCCUGCUGCUCACUAGCUGUGUCACGUUGAGCGGCCUAAGCUCUGAAUCUCAACUUCCUCAUUUGCCAAGAAGGGACCAUAAUAAUGAUUAACUCAUGGGGGUGUUGUGAUGAUUAAACAAUUUAGUUCACGGAUGGUGCUUAGAACAGUGUCUAGCACAGAGGAGGCACUCAAACAUUAUUAGAAGUAAACUCCUAGGACUCAGGGUGAUCAGAGGCUGAAUGUCCUGGAGAGUUGAGAAAGAAUUCCUUCUCUGAGAGGACCUAGACAAUGUGACCCACUCUGUUCCCGCCUUUCCAGUUCUUAGACUCAAUGAAAGAGUUGUACAAGUUAUUGGGCUUUUUCAUCAACUUUAAAGGACCCGUUUUCUACACGAUAGAGCAGAGGCUCUGCGGGGCUGGAACUGCACAGUCAAGCACUCGGGUGCGCUGGUGCUGGGAUUCUCUGUGAAGAAUGGCUUACUCUGUCGUCAAGUAGAUUCUCCACCACCCCCAGAUUUACUUUGUAAUUCAGAGGUGAAGGAAGAGAACACUGAAUUGUAAUGUUUGCCACCCAGAAACUUCCUCCUGGCUUCUGACCUCUGUACUGUGGGGGAUGGAAGGAGACCCACCACCUGUAGUCUGCAGCAGAAAGCUUCAGAAGCACGAGUUCUCUGUAGAAAUGACUUGUGAAGGCUGCUCUAAUGCAGUCGCUCGGGUCCUCGAGAAGCUAGGAGGAGUUCAGUCUGAGAUCGACCUGCCCAACAAAAAGGUUUACAUCGAUUCUGAGCACAGCGUGGACACUCUGUUGGAGACCCUGAGGAAAACAGGGAAGACGGUAACUUACAUCGGUCUGAGUGAUAGACCAAAGGAGGCAGGGCCCUGAUCCUCUCCUGCCUUCCAGACAGAUCUGGAACCCGGCAAUGCUGCUCAACGUUGGGUGUUCCUACGGAGACCCUCACUUCCCUGCUCCUCCGUAGCUUCCCUGCAAUAAAAUCGAACUGCUUUUGUUGAUGUU